AUGUAUACCGCUCAGCCAACCUCACGGCCAACUCUUACAUCUCACCCAGAGGCCACGCCUAGCCUCGAUGCAGCACCACCGUCUGUAGGCAGUAUCGAUACAUUGCCAGACCAGAACGCUAACUCCUUUCCAAGCGACUUCGACGAGUACGACGCCGUCAAGGAAUCAAAGCAGUGGCCACUCCGAGCAGCCAAGGUUCCCUCGUCACGGCUAGGUCGUCUCUUCCACUAUGGUGGUCUUGGUGCUGGUCUAGCAUUCGGAGCCGCAGGAUCGCUGCUUCGCGGUGCUUCCUCCACCGGAGGCGAUCCAAGCAACCUGUUCAUGUCGGAGCAGAAUGUCGCCCGUCUCGUCGACAAGCUAUCGACCAUGAGAGGAGCAGCGCUCAAGCUGGGCCAAUUCCUCUCGAUCCAAGAGACCAAGCUUCUCCCACCACAAAUCGAACAGGUGCUGCUGCGCGUUCAAAACAGCGCCAAUUACAUGCCGGUAUGGCAGAUGAACAAGGUCAUGAGUCGGGAACUGGGAGGGUCUGAUUGGCGCGAGCAGCAUUUCAAAGAGUUCGAGGAUGUGCCCUUCGCAAGCGCUUCCAUCGGACAGGUCCACUCGGCGGUGCUUCGCGACGACUUUCCUGAUGCACAGAUGGCUGGACAAAAGGUAGCUGUCAAGGUGCAGUUCCCCGGAGUACUCGAAUCAAUCGACUCGGACCUCUCGUAUCUGCGCUGGCUUGUUUCUGCAUCGGCGUUGCUGCCCAAAGGCCUUUUCUUGGAAAACACCCUUCGAGUCCUCGGCAGAGAGCUCAAGGACGAGUGCGACUACGAGCGCGAAGCUGAGAUGGGCCGACGCUUCCGAGCCAUUCUCCAAGACUCUUCGGAAUUCGAGGUGCCCAAAGUGGUCGACAGCCUCUGCACGGGCAAAGUGCUGACGACAGAGAUGAUGCGUGGCCGACCACUAAGCAUGGCGUCCCGCUAUGCGCAACCUACACGCGACCGCAUUGCUCAGUCGAUCCUCAAUCUCUCUCUCUCCGAGCUGUUCCGCUUCCGCCUGAUGCAGACCGACCCGAACUGGUCCAACUUCCUGUACAACGAGAGGACAGGCAAGAUCCAGCUGAUCGACUUUGGCGCCACUCGCGAGUAUUCGAAGGAGUUUAUGGACAAGUGGCUGCAGAUGCUGCAGGCUGCCAUCCAGGGCAACUAUGACGAGUGCUUGUCGUGGUCGAGGAAAGUGGGCUACCUCACAGGGGAGGAGAGCGUGGCCAUGGAACGAGCCCAUGUCGAGUCUAUGAUCGCGCUUGGUGAACCGUUCCGUCCAGACGCGCCCAAUCCGUAUCCGUUUGAACACCAGACGAUCACCGAUCGCGUCAAAGCACAGAUUCCGCUCAUGCUCCGUGAACGCCUCACACCGCCACCGCAAGAGACAUACAGCUUGAAUCGUAAGCUCAGCGGCGCGUUUCUGCUAUGUGCCCGUCUCAAGGCGCAUGUCAACUGCCGCGCGCUAUUUGAAGCUGUAGAGACAGACUAUAGUUUCGGUCCAGAGGGUGCAGCUGCGACUCCGAGUAUCGUUCAGGCCAGCACUCCAUUCAGCUCUCCCGGACAACGCAGGCAAUUUCAUAGCACUUUUCGACAAGCUCAGCAGCAGAAGCAGCAGCCUGCCGAGCGCCCGAAACGUCGACACGGACGAAACCUGGUCGACCGCUUCCCGCGCUCCAAAAUCAUCCUCUCGAGCGAAACAGGCCCUUCCACUGGCUCCGCCACGGUGGGCGACCCGGUCGAAUCGCUAGCUGCCGCACCCACCGGGUCAACGUCGAUCCAAGAGACUCCUGCUAAUGCUGUGGAGGCCGAAAGCAAGACGGGAAUCGACGUGACACGGGCAGCCACGCCAGCCGAAGUGACUACGGCCUCCACGAUCGAUCCUUCCUCUGCCCCUGUGGACGGCUCACAGCCGAGCAUAGGACCAACAACGAUCCGAGGCAUCGUGAUCCCGCUUAAGCCGCCUCCGCCCGGCCCCGAAGAAUGCUGCAUGUCCGGCUGUGCGCAUUGUGCCUAUGACAUCUACGCCGAGGAUCUGGAGGACUUCCACUCGCGUCUGUCGGCUGUUCGCACUCAGCUUGCUCAGCUCUCGCCGCCCGUGACGCAAGAGGAGUGGCGUGCCGAUCUGCUGGGCAAUUAUCCCUCGGAGGGAGAAAGCGCGGAGAGGGGGAUUGUAGGCUCGGAGGAGGAGAUGCGUGAGAGAGCCCAGCGCGAGGUGGACAGGGUGAUCAGCGACUUGGACCCCACCAUGAAGGCGUUCCUCGAGAUGGAGCGCAAGUUGAAGAAGAGCGAAAGGGAGAAGGCGAAACAGUCUCAGACUGCUUAA